AUGGCUCCUCCAGUUGGCUUCGAUACGGAGCAGAUCAGAGACAAGGCUAGGAAAGACCUGCUCUACCUACUCUCGGUAGUCCAGGGCAAGAAGAAUCUCGUCAUCGAACAGAGCCUCGCCGGCCCCAUUGGAACAAUCGUCAAGGUCCAAACCUUGCAGGACUACGGUGUCGAUAAAUUCUUCUUCUUAGAGAGUAGCAACGUCUCGACCAGCCAGAGGAAUGUCGUGUUCAUCGCCCGCACAGCCUAUGCUCAGGAAAUCGCAAACCAGAUAAGGCGAGUGCAACGUGAGAGCCAGGCGGUCCAUGAGUUCCACAUCUUCUGGGUGCCGCAGCGUACUAUUGUGUCCGACAAAGUCCUUGAAGAAUCAGGCGUCCUCGGCGACGUCAACAUCUCGGAGCUUCCCCUUUACUUCUUCCCACUAGAACGAGAUGUCCUUUCCCUGGAACUCAACGAUGGUUUCAAGGACUUAUACCUGUCGAAAGACCCGACGCCAACUUUCCUGCUCGCCCAGGCCCUCAUGGGGAUCCAGCUGAAACAUGGUUUAUUCCCCCGUAUCACAGGCAAGGGCGACGGUGCUAAGAGAGUCGCCGAGUUGCUCGCCCGUAUGCGACAGGAGCUUCUAGCCGGUGAAAUAGCCAGUGAACCCGACAAGAGUGGCCUGAGCCCUAGCACGACAACAGAGAGCGUCAUCAUUAUUGAUCGCGAGGUCGACAUGGUUACGCCUCUUCUCACUCAACUGACAUACGAAGGCUUGGUAGACGAGGUCUUCGGCAUCCAGAACAACCAGACAGAAGUCGACUCGACGAUUAUGGGCGGUGCAGCCCCAAGCACUCAGAGCGCAUCGGCAUCGCCUGCGUCUAGUAACCAGUCCAGAAGACGUAAAGUCCAACUGGAUUCGUCAGACAAAAUGUACGACCAGCUCCGAGACACGAAUUUCGCCAUCGUCGGAAAUCUGCUCAACAAGGUCGCGCUGCGCAUACAAAAGGAUUUGGACAGCCGGCAUACGACUAAAACAACGGCAGAGUUGACAGAUUUUGUGCGAAAACUGCCUGGCUAUCAAGCGGAACAGCAAAAUCUGAAAAUACAUACCAAUAUGGUGGAAGAGAUCAUCAAGUACACCCGCACCGACCAAUUUAGCAAGCUUCUCGAGGUUCAACAAAACCUCGCGGCGGGCGCCGAUCCCUCAUCCCAAUUCGACUCGAUCGAGGAAUUGGUGGCUCGUGACGCACCCCUGCCGGAGGUGCUUCGGCUUCUGUGCAUCUACUCUUGCAUAUCUGGUGGUAUUAAGACGAAAGAACACGAUCAACUGCGCAAACUGGUCUUACAAGGCUAUGGGUACCAGCACCUUUUAACUCUACACAACCUGGAAAGACUACAGCUUUUCCUGCCUAAAUCCUCGCCCAUGGCGUCGAUGAUUCCAAUGGCUGGUUCCGCAGGCACGUCUGGUAAUAAAACCAACUACUCAACCCUGCGGAAAUCCCUGCGACUCAUUGUAGACGAAGUCAACGAGCACAAUCCUAAUGAUAUAGCGUACGUUUACAGUGGGUAUGCGCCACUUUCGAUACGGCUCGUUCAGUGCAUACUUCAGAAGCAAUAUUUGCUUUCCAUGACGAAGGGCAACGGUGUGGCAGGUGCUGCAGUUGCAAGCUCCGGCAGUCACGGUUGGAGAGGAUUCGAAGAGGCCGUCAAGCACGCACGAGGCCAGACCUUUGAUGAGCUCCAAAAAGGAGAAGACAAGGCUGUCAAGGCUCGAGCGCUACUUUCUGGCAAUGGGCAGAAGAAAACAGUGUUUGUUGUGUUCGUGGGCGGGGUCACAUUCACGGAAAUCGCAGCACUGCGCUUCAUUGCGAAGCAAGAAGAAGCGAUUGCAUACGCCUUCACACGCAACGAAAUCGAUAUCUCCGUUCUAGCCCAAGUCGAGUCCCGACCUCAUAAUGGGAGCGAAUUCGCGCAGUGCUGGAUCUGGACAGAACAGUGGCAUUGGAAAGAGAUCUACGCGGAGGAGCAGCAGUGGCUCUACCCCCCAGGUUCCGCACCCAUCAUCUCUAUUACUCUCACCGGCUUCAACCUCUUCCUCUCGGACCAGUUCCGCACCAAAAAAGAAAAACCUGACCCCAGGUGCAUCAUCAUCACGCCGUAG